GGGACAGGCCCCACCUAGGGCGGUGGUCACAGCAAGGGAAGGCGCAGAGAGCCAGGAGCCUGGGAAGCAAGCAGGAUGGCAGCACGGGCAGCAGCGGGAACCUGGGUGUUGGUCCUCAGUCUGUGGGGGGCAGCGGCAGCAGUGGGCGGCCAGAACGUCACAGCCCGGAUCGGGAAGCCGCUGGUGCUGAACUGUAAGGGGGCCCCUAAGAAGCCACCGCAGCAGCUGGAAUGGAAACUGAACACAGGCCGCACGGAGGCGUGGAAGGUCCUCUCCCCACAGGGAGGCCCCUGGGACAGCGUGGCUCGUGUCCUCCCCAACGGCUCCCUCCUCCUUCCGGCUGUUGGGAUCCAGGAUGAGGGGACUUUCCGGUGCCGGGCAAGGAAUAGGCAUGGAAAGGAGACCAAGUCCACCUACCGGGUUGGAGUCUACCAGAUUCCUGGCAAGCCAGAAAUUGUAGAUCCUGCCUCGGGACUCAUACCUGGUGUCCCCAAUAAGGUGGGGACGUGUGUGUCCGAGGGAGGCUACCCUGCAGGGACUCUCAGCUGGCACCUGGAUGGGAAACCCCUCGAGCCCGAUGGAAAAGGAGUGGCUGUGCAGGAACAGACCAGGAGACACCCGGAGACUGGGCUCUUCACUCUCCAAUCGGAGCUGACGGUGACCCCGGCCAGGGUGGGGGCCACCCGCCCCACCUUCUCCUGCAGCUUCAGCCCAGGCCUUCCCAGGAGCAAGGCCUUACACGCUGCUCCUAUCCAGCCCAGUGUCUGGGAGCCUGUCCCCCUGGGGAAUGUGCAGCUGGUGGUGGAGCCAGCAGGUGGAACAGUAGCUCCUGGAGGGUCGGUGACCCUGACCUGUGAAGCUCCUGCCCAACCCACUCCUGAAAUCCACUGGGUGAAGGACGGAGCGCGCCUGUCCCUGCCUCCCAGCCCUGUGCUGCUCCUCCCUGAAGUCAGGCCCCAAGACCAGGGGACCUACAGCUGUGUGGCCAUGCAUCCCAGCCACGAGCCCCAGGAAAGCCCUGCCGUGAGCAUCAGCAUUGUGGCCUCUCCCUCUGAACUGAAGAAAAGGAAGGACAGCAGAGGGUCCCACAGCCUUCCCCGACUGAAGCCCUUUUUCCCUUCUGACUUGCUCCAAAUUUGUCUUCCAGAAACAGAUGAGGAGGGGCAAGCUGCAGGCUCCGUCGGGGGCUCCGGGCUGGGAACUCUAGCCCUGGCCCUAGGGACCCUGGCAGGCCUGGGGAUAGCUGCCCUGCUCACUGGGGUCAUUGUGUGGCGAAGGAGGCAACACCAAGGAAAGGAGAGGAAGGUCCCAGAGAGCCAGGAGGAGCAGGAGGAGCGUGCAGGGCUGAACCAGUCAGAGGUGCCCGAGACAGCCGGGAGCAGCACAGGAGGGCCGUGAGGUGAGGGGCCCCGGGCAGACCGGCCAUCGGCUCCCUCGCCUUCUCCCUGGACCACACUGGCCCCAGACCAGCUCUCCCGUCACUCGCCCCAGCUCGCCACACUUCCUUCCACAACCAGAGCCCUUCAUGAAUGGACCAUGCCAAGUAAACACCUCACACAUCUUG